GGCUCGGCUGUUGUCUCGCGCGUGCCGGUUCCAGCCGGGCCGGUCCGUGUUGGCCGCGCGAAACAUUUUCAGUUCUCGUCGCUGCGAUGCCGGUGGCGCACGUUACGCCUGUCGCCCGCCGACGACGCUGCGUUACCACGAUCGUGGCGUACUUCUUUACCAACUAAUAAAUCAACUGAACCGAACGAAGUAAACCCUCACGAACAGAUUAUAACUCGAUAUGAGAUAACAGGCUCGCGGCACGACUGCGGUGAUUAAUCACAGAAGUCCGUUCAACUCGAAUGAUCUUAACGGAAGCAUAAUCUCUCUGAUUUUGGUUUAGGUGCGCGUAAUGUAAACAGAUAAACAUUGUUGAAGUUUUCCGGAAUCAUUUGUUGACUCGAGGAUUAUAAUAGUCAUAGGUGCAUUGUAUGGACUGAUCAGGGAUUAUGUUGGAGAGUAAGGUGUAGCAGUGAGUGCGGGUUGGAUGUGCGCUGGGUAGGACUGCGGGCACGAUGGGUGCUGGUAGACAAUGGACAGCUGGGGUGUUGUGUGCGGUGCUGGCGUCCGUGCUGGCCGACUCCUGGACGGCGUACCAGGAGCAGCCGUGCUGUCGGCCCGUGUCGCACCACCGCGUCAGGCACCACAGAGAUCAUAUAAGAGAAUUCUCAUGCGGCAGUCUCUUCUACCGUACUUUGUAUUUGAAUGAGGAGAGAAACACACUUUACGUUGGUGCUAUGGAUCGUGUAUUCAGAUUAAAUAUGACUGAUAUUAGUCAAUCGCAUUGUGAGCGGGAUGCACUGUUAUUGGAAGCAAGUAACGUGGCCAGGUGUGUCAGUAAGGGCAAGUCGGAGCCCUUCGAGUGCAGGAAUCAUAUCAGGGUGCUGCAACCUUUGGGAGACGGCGAGAGGUUAUACGUGUGCGGAACCAAUGCGCAUAGUCCGAAGGAUUGGGUGGUGUAUCUGAAUCUCACCCACUUGCCGCGGCAUGAGUACGUGCCGGGCGUAGGGCUAGGGGUGGCGAAGUGUCCUUACGACCCGGCAGACAACAGCACAGCCGUGUGGGUGACGGAUGGCAACCCUGGAGGCCUUCCCACACUUUACGCGGGAACUAACGCAGAGUUCACGAAAGCAGACCCAGUUAUAUUCAGAAACGACCUGUACGACUUCCGAACGGGACAGAAGAAGUUUAACUUCAAGAGGACGUUGAAAUAUGAUUCCAAGUGGCUUGACAAAACUAAUUUCGUGGGCUCUUUCGAUGUCGGAGAGUACGUUCUAUUCUUCUUCCGAGAAACUGCUGUGGAGUUUAUGAACUGCGGAAAAGCGGUCUACUCGAGAGUGGCGAGAGUCUGUAAACACGAUACCGGUGGAAAACAUAUAUUAAGCCAAAACUGGGCCACAUAUUUGAAAGCGAGGCUCAAUUGUAGUAUACCCGGAGAGUUUCCAUUCUAUUUUGAUGAAAUCCAGAGCGUGUAUCAAAUGCCGGGCGACACGACGAGGUUCUACGCGGCGUUCACGACGGGAGCGAGCGACGGACUGGUCGGCUCAGCUAUUUGCACUUACUCCAUGGACGACAUACAAGAGGCAUUCGCCGGACGAUUCAAGGAACAGGCGUCAUCCAGUUCAGCGUGGUUACCGGUGCUAAGAGCUCGCGUGCCCGUGCCACGACCAGGCACUUGCGUCAAUAAUACCGAGGCUCUUCCAGACAACGUGCUUAACUUCAUCAGGUCUCAUCCCCUGAUGGAUUCCGCGGUGCGACACGAGGGCGACGCUCCAGCUUUCUACAAACGGGACCUGGUGCUGACCACCAUUGUGGUCGACAGACAGUUUGUCGACAUGCUGGGGGAUGACAUCACUUACACCGUGUUCUACGCUGGCACCAGCGCAGGCGAAGUAUACAAGAUAGUCCAGUGGGCGGGUGGCGGGGGCGGUGGAUCACGCGUGGCUGACGUGUGGCGCGCCGCGGGGGACGAGCCGGUGCGGGCGCUGGCACUGUCCCGGCGCCUGCAUGCGUUGUACCUCGCUACUGAUAACCGACUGCGACAGCUGCCGCUGAGGGCAUGCGCUCACCGCUACGACAGUUGUGUGCGCUGCGUGCUGGAUCCUUACUGCGGUUGGGACAAAGAAGUGGGGGCGUGUCGUCCAUACACUCCUGGGUUGCUGCAUGAUGCGACCAACUCAACCCCCUCAAUAUGUGAAGCCAGUGCGCCUCUAAAAACCGUGAGAGCAGGGUACGGGCAGAGCGUCCAUUUGGCAGCUUACGGAAAGACUCCUGAAGCGCUAAAGGACCAGCACGUGAUUUGGUAUCAUCAUUCAAGAGAGAAAGGACGGUACAAAAUUAGUUAUAAUUGGGAGCGAGUUCUGCAAACAUCAGAACGAGGUCUGGUGUUACUGUCGGUAACCGAAUCAGACAGAGGACGGUACGAAUGUUAUUUCGGACCAACAUUGAUUGCGUCUUACAAUUUGGACAUCGAUAUUCACAGAUGUACGCAGCCGAGUAAGUCGCAGGAAUACAAGCAAGUGUAUUCGGACUGGUGCCACGAGUUCGAGAAAUAUAAGAGCGCGAUGAAGGCCUGGGAAUCGAGGCAAAUGCAGUGCUCCAAAAGCCUGAAUGCAUCGAGCCAGCAAAACAGUAUGUCCAACGAGAUCGUGGCCUCGCUGCGGUGAUAGGGCACAGCUCGCUAGUGAUUAAUGAACGAUUACACACACCGAGCCACGCUAACGUAAACUAGCCGAUAUUUUGCAGACGCCACCCUCAUGCCCCUUACUACGAUCACAUCCUCGCAAACAAAUUUAUUAUUUUAUGGAACGAUUUCAAGUUAAGGAUAAAAAUUAUGUAUCUACCUUAAACACAAAAUCCAGAACUGUAGCUAUGUGCAAAAUAAUUUGGUGAAAAUAUAGAGGCAAUACUCAUUACAUUUACUUAGGUUUUGACUCGUCAGCAAACUAAGUAACAUUUAUUCAGCAUGAGUUGUCAGACGAGAAUGCGUAGUUGGGGAGUCAAACUCAAAGGGGAAUGAUAAUGUAGUGAGGGGAUGAUCUGUUAAAAUAGAUUUGUUGUCCGUUCCGAAGACUGCGCGGUGAUGGAUGGCUGAUUUCUGUUCAACUUUCGCCUCAAACUUUUUCUUUGUUACUAAAUAAAGUAUCGCAUAGUUUAUAUUAGUUAUGUAAGUAAUGAAGAAUAAAAUAAAAUAUAAACGAAAGCGACUGAGUAUAAUAUAGUAAAGACAAUGGUCUCGUCGGAAAUGUUUAGCGCUUCAACGAACGAGUAGUUGUACCGUUCGCCUUCGCAAUCAGAAUCUACUGUAAAUAAUACUUAAUUAUGUCAAAAUGUCAGAUUAUAAUGGUGUAAUGCCACCUAUAUAAAAUGCUGUGAUAUCAGUUCUCAUUGGAUCAUUGUGCUGGCGCAUAAAAUUUAACGUUGUGAUAAAUUUAUUUGCAAACAAAAGUAUUAAACGGUGUUAGGUGUUUAUUUGAAACAGUAAGCACAAACAUAGAUUGCACCAAGACAUUUUGAUACUUUACACGCCAGUUUAUUUUACAAUAAUGAAAAAUGUGACAGUUCCUUUUGUUACUAAGUCCGUAAAUAAAAUAAUAUUUAAGUUUGGUGCAAUCGAUGCGGUAGCCCGUACUUGACAAGUGAAGUACCUAAACUUAUUUAUAGGAGGUCGUGUUCCCUGGUUUGGGAAAGUUUAAAAUAAAGAGCAAUACAAACGCCAACAUAGAUGUAAGAUAUUAUAAUGAUGACAUGCUUAUUUGUUCCGUAUCAAGCAUCGAUGCGUAGGUCGGUAGUUUUAUCAUUUGUUUGUAUGACUUGUGUUGAAUAGCGGCUGACUGUUGCGUGUUAAACCACCGUUCCACAAGCAUCGUAGUUAUGCGGUUUAAGUUUCAAAAAGUUGUUAUUGAUACGUUGCCAUAAAAUGUAAUUUUAGGCCCGACUUCGGACUUUGAAACCGAAUUUAAUAGUUGGUCGUGUUUUUGGUUGAGUUUAUAAUAAUCUCGCUAGAAUAGUGCCUUGUGAAGCAUGCUUACAUUAUAAUAAAAAAAAAACUUAUUAAAAUUUAUUGAGUAGAUCAUAUUUUUGUGUACUAUGUAAAGAGAAAAAUUGAUGAUGAUAGUUGUUAAGUGAUUCAUUCGUAAAAUAAAGCAAUAACGUUCCACUGAAUUAAUAGACACCAGUAUUAUAUUAUAAAUGAUCUGCAGAGAGUAGAUAGUGAUUGUAUUCGAGAAAAAAUAGAUUAAGAUAAUGAAGACGUACGAUUUAUAUGUCGAUGUUAACUGGCUGUACGAGCCGCGCUUAGUUUGUCCUUUGACUUGUUAUUUAUUGUUAUGCUGGCCGCUGAUUGCGUUUUGUUUGAGCGAAGGUGAAAUAAAAAGUAUGUCGAUUAGUUAGCCUGAUAAUAAAUAUUCUUGUACUCUUUCUUAUGCUGCCUUGUAUAAAUAUUUAACAUAAGUAAAUGUUCUGUGUUAUAAAAAUUAUACAACGCAGCAUCAGACAUCUUUGCAUUUUUAUUUAUCAAUUACGUUAUUCGUUUAUAAAUUAACAGUUAUUCCCAUUACUCAAAUGUUAUUGUAUAAAAAUAUUGUAAAUAAUAACAAAUGUAGAAGAAACGCUAUGAAAUAUGUUUAUUGUAAAAUAUAUUAUUAAGUUAGAAUUUAAGCAAUUGUUUUAUAAAAGAAACAAGAAAAUAAAUUAUUUUAGAUCUA